UCAUUAUUAACAACAACAACACCAACAACAAUAAAGAAUGAUCUAGGCAUUAGGACUUGUCUUAAAUAACUAGUUUCUCUUUAAAUAUGUCAUCUCUGAGACCCAAGGAGCAGCAAGAUAACCAUUCGAGCAAAAAAGGCAGAUUGUCAUCACUGCUUUCUCCUAGUCCGCGAUUUCUGUCGCCUGUUAGCCGACUACUGCCUGUGUCCAAUACCUAUGAGAAGGCAGUCUAUGGACCAAUUCAAUUUGGUACAACCAAAUUGCAUGAAGAAUGCAUGAAGGCCCUAGUAGCCAAAUCUUUGUUUCAUCAACCUGAACAGGUUUCGAACGAUACGAACAAUUGUGCAUCUUUUGUUAAUGCUUCACCAGUUGCCCCUGCCACCACAGACAAUGAGAGCGGAUUAAUUCAAGACAACACUACAGACAGUUUUCCAUAUAUGGCUUGUAGCAAACAAAUUGAGACACCACAAAAUGUUGCAAGGAACAAUUUAGGUGAAAAAAACGAAAAUGAAGACAAAACACCAGUAGACGAAAUACUUUUUGAUCAGCAGUCAUGCUCUGUUUUGAAGUUUGAAAGGACACAAGAUGAGCCGUGUUUGUUACCAAACAUGGAAAUGGCUUGGCUUGAGCGGGACUCAAGACAACAGGCACAUUCGAAAAUUGUACAACCAGGCACAAACCAGGACCAAUCCGACUCUACAGGAGAUUGCAGGACGAGGAGCCGACACACAUCCUCAUUCAAUUCAGCUUGUUCUACAGAAGACUCGGCUUUGCCUAUGUCUCAGUGCUCCACUUGUGGAGUCUGUAACUCUGCUGGUGUUCUCAGAAACUUGGCAAACAAUCAAUUGUAUUUUGAAGAAGACUUUGACCAUGUAAAUGCUGGUUCUGAAGUUGAGAAGUUGGGACCAGAUGAUUCUUAUUUGGAUUCCUAUGAAGAGAUUUUUCUGAGACAUGUUAAGUCUUUGGCACAUACAGACAGGGCUGUUAACAGUAAGCCGGAGAGCCAGCAUUCAGGCGAACAUGUGAUAUUUACCUUGAUACAAAUCCUGCUAAUAAGAUACAGACAUCUUGUGGAAGCGUCACACACCAGUGCCAAAGUGAGUGCCUCUCACAGACAGACAACUGUGUACAUCACACAGGCCAUCAUGGUGCUUGUAAGACGGGCAGGCAAGUCAGAGGCAAGGGCGCGAAGCCUGCAGAAAACAUUGAUGUCUGUACAGAAGGAACAGUCAGCAAUCAGGUCAUCAGUACGUAGAGUAUACACAGUGGUUGGCGUGCUGGUUGCACUGAAUCUUCUGCAUCUGCCUGCAGUGAGACACAGGUUGCUGUAUAUAUUAAAUCUGUUUGGAUUUAUUGACACUGCAAAGAAAGUUAACAGGCUUCGUCAGACAAUUGCACUGAACUGGAGAAGCAUUCCAACUCGUCUGAUUGAAUUUUGGAGGCUGUUUAUAUUUCGAUCAUUGUUGAAAAAUAAAGUUACUUAAUAUUGAAACGUUACUGUCAAAUAUGUUGUAUUUUAACCAUAUUUCAGAAAUUGCUUUUUGUUGAUUGUUGUUCUUAACUUGUGAUAUUACUGCUGGGUGGUUAUUAACCCUUUCAGUGCGGGAACCGAAUUUUGAAGGCCUUUGCAAACAGUUUGGAUCCAGAUGAGACGCCACAGAACAUGGCGUCUCAUCAGGAUUCAAACUGUUUGCAAUUCUGAUAGUAAUCUUUGAAAAAAAAUGGAAAAAAAUGCUAAUUUUAGAAAUUCAGCACACGACAUUUUAGCAGACGGCAAAUUUCCCAGCAUGCAGAGGGUUAAUAUUGUUAUAUAUUGCAUGGAGAUUUUAAUGAAGCUUCCCUAUACCACAUGUUAUAAGAAUCUAGUACAGAAAACCUGAAGUAUACUUCUACCUAAAUAUUGUAUUUGAUAUUGACAUUCACUGCGUGAACAUGUAAAAUUACCAACAUAUUUUGUCAAUGUAUCGUACCUGUUACUCUUUUGUUUACUUUUAUGCCCCCCCGAAGGAGAGCAUAUAGUGAUUGGACCGUCUGUCCAUCUGUCCGUCACACUUGGUGAUAAGGUUUCGAAAAAUGCUCAUAACUUCUAUGUCGCUUCAGUUAGCAACUUGAUAUUUGGCAUGCAUGUGUAUCUCAUGGAGCUGCACAUUUUGAGUGGUGAAAGGUGAAGGUCAUCCUUCAAGGUCAAAGGCCAAAAAAACAAAUCCAAGGGAAGUAAUAAGCUUUAAAGUGAGAUUAUUAUCUAUACCUGCCAAAUUAUAAAAAAAAUCAAAGCGGCGCAGUAAGGGGCAUUGUGUUUCUGACAAACACAUUUCGUGUUCAAAGCUGUUGUUGUGUAGGAUUGCAGACUUUUUUGUUUCUACAUUUCUUGAGUAAUAUUAUGUAUUGUUUUGCACGAUGUUAACUGAAAUGUGUUUCUUUUUAUAUUAUUUGUUAUACUGUCUUUCUUGAGUAAUUCAGUAGGUAUUGCUUCUGUCAAAGGUACAUCGGAAUUGCGUAUGUUUCAAUAGGAUUAUAAAUUUGUGUAAAUCGAGACAAUCAAUUGUUCAAAUCUUUUCAAUCUAGUUGCUUACGGUCUUACCUAUCGUAUGAUUACCCUUGUUUCUUUAUACACGUUCAUGAUUAAUAUACAUUUAUACAACAACUA